GCGGGUCUUUGUGGUAGGCGCUGUUGACAAUAUGGCGGAUGACGGAGACAGGUCGACUGGAGCUGUUGAUACUAGUGGCGGACCGGGGACUUCAGAGGAGUCUGACGGGUUCAGUCUUGGCGGGAUGUUGUUAAAUUUAAGUAUUUUAGUUGUAGUGGUUACGAUCUGCUAUGUUAUUUAUCGGCGAUGGGGUAAACGGAUUGGUGCUGACGCGGCCCAGGGAAGCGAGGCCUCGUCUCUGCCGAAGAUGAGAAGACGUGAUUUCACUUUGGAGCAACUUGGGGAAUACGAUGGACUGCAAAACCCCCGGAUCAUGAUGGCAGUCAAUAUGAAAGUAUUCGAUGUUACCACCGGCAAAACGUUUUAUGGCCGAGACGGUCCUUAUGGUAUCUUUGCGGGCCGGGAUGCAUCGAGGGGUCUGGCCACGUUCUGUUUGGAGAAAGAUGCCUUGAGGGAGGAGUAUGAUGACCUGUCAGACCUCAACGCUGUUCAGAUGGAGUCAGUCAGAGAGUGGGAGAGGCAGUUCAUGGAAAAAUAUGAUUAUGUUGGUCGACUGUUAAAGCCCGGGGAUGAGCCGUCAGAAUACACAGAUGAGGAGGACAUCAAGGACCACCUGAAACAUGACUGAACUGUUGCCCUGUCCUGUUCACACCACCAACCAAAGCCUUGACCCAAACAGCUGACAGCACCUGUCUCCCCCACACCCUUCCUCUUCCCUCUCAAGCCCCCCCUCCUCUUCUUUCCUCUCAACUCCCCCUCCUCCUCCUCUUCUUUCCUCUCAAGCCCCCUCCUCCUCC